AUGAAAUUCUCAAUCACCAUCGUCGCCUUCAACAUCAUGGCCGUUCUUGCAGCUCCGCCGCUCAAUCCUCGACAAAAUGAUGUGCCAGACUGCGAAAACGGCGGACAUGCUGAGCAUCUCAAAACGUACGACAGUGAUAUAGCUCACUUCUUCACCACCACCACCACCACCAAGUUGAACUCUGGAUUAUUAGACAGAAUGCUUUUACAACUACCAGUCAUCACAACGUUGUUAUCUCUUUUCUCAGCACAGAGUAUAGGUGGCCCUGGAAAUGUGACAGUUAGCUUCUUCAAAUCCGACCAAGAUUGCGAAUCCAGCGACACGAAAACACCCAUCCUCACAACCCACGACAUCCCCACGGAGCUCAUAUGCUUCAAUCUUACCGACACAUUCUCCCCCGGCAACAAAACCAUCUCAGGCUACCAAAAGGCCCUCGAACCAUGGGAACAUCCCAACUCCAAUAUCAGCUUUCAUCUGCAGCAAAACGACUUUGACUCCAGUGCGAAUUACACCCAGAUUCGCUAUGAGCUGCCUGGAGGUGAUGUUGGAGAGAAGUCAUCGUGGAUACUUUGGGUUUAUCCACACCUGAACUGUGAGACUGAAGUCAAGGGUGUUGAUAAUCACGAGUACCCUUGGGAUAGGGAUGGGGAGUGCAAGACUUGGGCGCAGUUGGGUGCUGCGACGAGGAUGAGAAGUCAGAUGCCAGGUCUAUUUUAUACUACAGUCACAAUGGCUGUUGCAAUCUUGGCCCUAUAG